AUGCCAGAAAAUGUAAAAAUGACAACAAAUGAGGAUGUGAAUGCAAGCGAAAAGAGGAUGACAACAACCAGAAUAAUAAGAAGAAAUUCACCGUAUUUACGAGCUCCGAGAAUGUAUUCAAUCUCAGACUUAGCCUUAGCAUGCCCUUUGCACUGUCCAGAGUUGAGUAUUUCAGAUUUUGAUAUUGGUAGAAGACUAGGUAGUGGCCAGUUUGGGUCAGUUUACUUGGCAAGAGAAAGAAGAACCAAAUAUAUUGUAGCCUUAAAGGCACUUAGGAAGAAGAAUCUCGUAAAGAGUGGAAUGGAGGUACAGGUUAGAAGGGAAAUCGAAAUUCAGGCGCACUUAAAGCAUGAAAAUAUUCUCCAACUGUAUGCAUGGUUUGAGGAUAAGAGCAGAAUUUGGCUCGUAAUAGAGAUAGCCCCAGGUGGUGAACUUUAUGAAAAGCUAUGCACAGAUGGACCAUUAAAGGAGUAUCAGGCUGCAAAAUACAUGAAGAUGAUGAUUGAAGCUAUUCAGUGUUGUCAUAGAAAGCAUGUUAUUCACAGGGACAUAAAACCUGAGAAUAUUUUGAUAGGAGUGGAUGGACAACUUAAGUUGGCAGAUUUUGGCUGGUCCUCCCACAUUAACAAUAACAAAAGCAGGAGAAGAACAUUUUGUGGAACUUAUGAUUACCUUCCACCUGAGAUCACUAGAAAGCAGGAAUAUGGUCCGGAAGUCGAUAUUUGGUCUUUGGGAGUUUUGUGUUAUGAACUAAUUAAAGGCGAGCCACCUUUCCCUUCAAAUCAAGGACAUAAUGUUCAGUAUUAUUUGAUUCAAAACAAACAACCUGAGUAUUCACCUCACUGGUCUCCAAUUUUGGUUGGGUUUAUUCAUGCUGCAUUGCAAAAACUACCCCAAAAUAGAAUCACUAUUACUGAUAUGUUAAAACAUCCUUUUAUUGUCAAGUAUACGUCCGGAGAAACACUUACCCAAGAGAUUACAUUAACUGAAAACUCAAAUAAAACUUUUAAUAUUGAAAACUACGGUAAUAAUGAUGAAAAUGUUUACAAAAAUAACAAGACUAAUCAACCAACUAAUUAA